AUGGCAGAUAAUCCCGAUCCUAUCCAGAUAGACGAGAAGGCACUUGCGGCAUAUGACCUGGCCAUCGAUGAUGCUGCAUUUGCGGCCAUUGAGAGAGACUUCCACGAAGUUUUGGCCGAACUGGUUGGUGACUCUUCUCUAGACCUGUUUCGGACAGAAUACGAGAAGCUUCACACAGCAUUGCGAAAAUCGCACGAGAACGAGAAGCUUCUUGUACAGCGUGUAAGAGAGCUAGCCCAGAAUCUGAGCAUCAAUAAUCAGAAGAUAAAGACUGCGUUACGGCUUUCAAAGGAGGAUCAAUCAACCAUUUCUUCACUAAAGGCAGAAAUAGACAAAGCAUGGAAGAUUGUCGAUUUGGCACGUGAGAAGGAAGGAGUUCAAACCGAGCAGAUUGAUAAAUUGAGAGCCGAGGUCCAAUCCCUUAGAGGGAUGAUAGAUACAGCGACAGCAGGAACUAACGUAGGAGUACCAGAAGAACAGAAUAUUGAAGACCUUCUGAGAGCGAAGGCAGUGCUGCAACAGGAGUACGAAAACAGAGGAAAGCGCAUUUCUCUUCUCCGGGAAGAGCUUAAUCAACAUCUAGAUCGCAUUAAACAACUAGAGUCUGAAAAGGUCAGUUCGGAGUUACGUGUACGUGCGCUGAAAGAGCAGGUCGCGCAACACAGAUCUGAGGCAGCCCGGGAGUUACAGCGUAGGGAGCAUUUGGACCGUGAGCUAGCAUCCCUCCGUCUAAAGUGUGAGAACCUCGAGCGAGAUAUAGCCAACAAGGAACAGGAUGUGAAUCACCUCAAGACAGAGCUUACCAAAGCCGAAACACGAUCUGGACAAGAAUAUGAAGAGCUCCAGAAAACAAAGGCUACAAUAAGCUCUUUACAGGACAAAAUACACAAGCUAAAGGCCGAUCUUUCUGAAGCAAACAGACAAUCCACUAAUCUACAGAGCUCUAACGCCGAGAAGGAAACACAGAUCCAACAGCAUCUACAAGAGGCAGCACAGGCUCGAGCAGAGGCUGCAAAAGCCCAAAAAACUCUCACUUCUCUGCAGAGUAAGCUGGACUCGCUGGAGAUAGCCAAGCAUAAUACAGAAGAGAAGGUAGAGCAGCUCAAGGGACAGCUGACGCAAGCUGAACAAGAGCUCAAGCAACUUAAGCAUGAGAAUAACGAAAUUGGCCGCGAGCACGAUCAGCUGAGUCGAGAAGCUCAGCUUGUUGGGAAAUCGCUUCAUGUUGCCCAAGUUUCCAUAGCAGACAAGGACGAUCUACUAAAGCGUAUGGAGAACCAAGCCAAAAACUACGAGCAAGAGAUACUCUCAUUUAGAAAUGAAUCACAAAAGCAGCGCAAAAUCAUCUUCUCGCUUGAAAAAGAGAGGGAAAUGUUCUCCCAAAAGUCCACCGAGGCCCAGCAAAAGUAUCUUCAGGCCGUGCAGGAGAUACGGGUCCGUGAUCUAGCGAUCUCAGAUCUUCAAAAAAGGGUAUCGGACGCGGAUGUGAAGCUAAAACAGCAACAGGCUCUCUAUGAGAGUGUUCGUUCAGACAGGAAUCUUUACUCAAAGUCCCUUGUGGAGGCACAGGACGAGGUUUCAGAACUAAGGAGGAAGUUUCGUGUUCUGUCUCACGUCAUAGACCAGCUUAAAUCGGAGAUACAAACAAAAGAUGAGAGCCUGCUAAAGGAGCACUUUGCCCACAAGAGCGCGUUGAAGGAGAAGGACUCUACUGUCCAGGAGCUUGAGAGGACCAGGCAGCAGGUUCGAGAAGCAGAGGAGGCUCUAGCAAUCCAGAGGACUGAGAUAGCCAAGCUAAAUUGCAUAAUAACGGAGUCUGAUAUGGAAAGAGACAGGCAGAUGAAGGAGUAUCGUAUUGUUGUAUCGGAGCGUGACAUCCUCGGAACGCAAUUGAUACGACGUAAUGAUGAGCUUUCCCUCCUCUAUGAACGUGUCAGAGUGCAGCAAGCAACGUUGGCAAAGGGAGAAAAGCAGUAUUCAGACAGGAUAGAGGAUAUUCGUCUCCUUCGGGCCAAGAUCACAGACUUGCGCCGACAGAUAGUGAGUCUUCGGCGACAAGCCGCCAGCAUAGAACCCUACAAAAAGGAGCUCUACCGCUUGCAACGUGACCUGCUCGACGAGCGCGCAAAGACCAGGGCGCUGUCUCAAGAACUGCAGCUUCCCGUAAAUAUCCAUAGAUGGCGCUCGCUGGAAGGAUCCGAUCCUGCAGCAUAUGAAUUGAUCAAGAAGACCCAGUAUCUCCAGCGAAGACUUAUCCAGAAGUCCGAAGAAUGCUCCACUAAGAAUCUUGAGCUAGAAGAAAAGGAGAAGCUCUACAAUGACCUGAAAAAGGUACUGUCGCGGCAACCAGGGUCCGAGGUUUUGGAAAAACUCUCUGCAUAUCAGGAUGCGUUGAAGACGAAGACGCGACAACUGCAGACUCUGAGCAGCGAGCUUGCUAUGUACCAGAGUCAGUCUAGCGAGUACAAAGAUAGCAUCGAAAGGCUUACCCGUGAUCUGCAAGACAUGAAGCGCAAGUACUUUUCUCUGAAGAAGAAAGAAUACGAGCAAAUGCUCCGUGACGGGACAGCCACUGAAGGCGGCAUAAACGGCUUUAGGCCAGCAAAUUCCGGGUCUGGCCCGGCAUCCAGAAUGGUUGGGGGAGGAUUUAGUGUAACGCAUGAUGGUCGAAGUGGGGCUGCCCCUGGGGAGCAGGAGCCUUAA